AGCAUCUUAACACUGAGCGAAUCCAUCGAUUUUCCACCGUAGACGUCGUCGCAAAGCUCCUUUACCGCCAUUAACUAUAGUGAAGGCAGCACAAGUGGUAGUAAAUUUUCUUCGCUCUUGAUUCUUCGAAUUUGGAUUUUGCUAAAAGUUUUGCAUCGUUAAAUAAUGGCUCGUACUAAGCAGACCGCCCGUAAGUCUACUGGAGGCAAGGCUCCACGUAAACAGCUGGCAACCAAAGCCGCUAGAAAGAGCGCACCGUCCACUGGUGGAGUCAAGAAGCCGCAUCGUUACCGUCCAGGUACAGUGGCUUUGCGUGAAAUCCGUCGAUACCAAAAAUCCACGGAAUUGCUGAUCCGCAAGUUGCCCUUCCAGCGACUGGUACGUGAAAUUGCCCAAGAUUUCAAAACUGAUCUUCGUUUCCAAUCGGCCGCCAUCGGAGCUCUCCAGGAGGCCAGCGAAGCAUAUCUGGUCGGCUUAUUCGAAGACACCAAUCUUUGCGCUAUCCACGCGAAACGUGUCACAAUUAUGCCUAAGGAUAUUCAGUUGGCUCGUCGCAUCCGAGGCGAACGUGCUUAAGCAGCUGUUGUAGCAGACAUCAUUUUACAACUACUAAUACGAUCAACAUCUCCCUUUAUCCUUCUGUUCAAUAUGACAUUGGUGAGCACUCACCAAUUGGAAGUUUGGAAGUAUACUGACAAACAAUUUACGCAGUCAGUUUUCUAUGUACGCAUACACAAGAAUCCAUUUCUACAAUUUUGUUAACUUUGCUUUAGUUUUAACUCCAAUUCAGAAGUAGUACACAUUGAAAGGAAACAAAAUUUUAGGUUUAAUCUACAUUAAAUGUGACAGUAGAAAUUCAUUUACAGCAAACAAACCGCUAGACAUUAAGGAUAGUUGAUAAGAAAAUGUGUGAAGUAAACAAAACAAAAAUAUACAGUUGUUUUGGGACUCGGAAGUACUCACAGCUCGUACGGAAUUCUAGCAUUGCUGGAACCGUCCAGGAGCGUGGAGUCGCUUGAGAGUUGCGAUGGCAAGAAACAGUUUCCAAACACUCAAUUUAUCUAUAACUCGUAAUACAUGUAAACAAUGGUCAAAAUGGAUAUGCAAUUAUUUUUUACUAAGUAUUAAGUAAUAAACAUAAUAAAUGUUUACCUUGUAGAGUUUUGAUUUAUGUUUACUUCUGUUCGUAACAAUCAAAAUACAACCUUUUGUUUUGAAGUUUUUUUAAAGUUCACACACUGGGACAAAUUUAUAGAUACCAUUGGCCACUGUCCAAAAAUCGUGCAAGAAUAUUACGAUUAAAUAAAUCCAAAUUUUAAACGUCAA